AUGAAUAAUGGGAGGGGUUUUGGAGUCCAUGUCUUUUUCGUGUGUGUUUUUUUGGUUGCAACAACAUGUACUUGUUUGGGUGUCGGAAACAUCACUGUGGUUUGCUCUGUGCAAGAGCGACUUGCUCUUCUCAGGUUCAAACAGAGCGUCAGAGAUGAGUUUAAAAUAUUGGCAUCAUGGGUGGGUAAUGACUGUUGCCAGUGGGAAAGAAUCCAGUGCGAUGGUGUGAGUGGCAAUGUUGUAGGGCUUCUUCUCAGAGGAGGAUACUUUGCUAGUGAAGGCUACUUAGUUGGUAAAGAGGUGGACUCUUCUUUGGCUGAGUUGAUGCAUCUCAAAUACUUGGAUUUGAGUGAUAAUGAUUUUGGAGGAAGUCGAAUCCCUGAGUUCAUUGCAUCCUUGAAACACUUGAGCUACCUCAAUCUCUCAUAUGUUCGUUUUCAAGGUAUUAUUCCUCAUCACAUUGGAAAUCUUUCUAAUUUAAAGGUCAUUGAUCUCAGUUCAAACUCGGAGCUGAUAGUAAAUGAUAUGUCAUGGACUUUUGGCCUUUCGUUACUCGAGCAUCUUGACUUGAGUUCAUUGAAUCUUUUCGGAGCACGGAACUUAGACAUGGUGCUUUACAUGAUUCCUUCUUUAAAAAAGUUAAGUUUGUCACAUUGUCGGCUCUCCAAUGCUGAUUUUCGAAAUCCGAGUAGAAUAGUUACAAACAUUGAACACCUCGAUCUUGGAUUCAAUUCUUUCAAAGGUCCACUCCCUGGUUUUUUAAAAAACAUGACAUCCCUUACAUUCCUGGAUCUUUCAGACUUUGAUGUUAAUUUAGCAUGGAACUUUGCAAACUUGCUAAACAUGAUCCCUUCUUUAUCGGAGUUGCAUUUGUCAAGUUGUGGGCUUGAUAACACGUUUCUAUCUUCCACUCAUCUUAAUUUCAGUACACUGUCUAACAUCCAACACCUGGAUCUUAGCGUUAAUUCAAUUGAAGGGACGUUUCCUUCUCUUUUCACAAACAUGAGCUCCUUAAGAGUCCUUGACCUUUCAGGAAACAGCCUCAAUUCAUGGGUUCCUGUGAUGCCUAACCUUCUAGAACUCGAUCUUUCUGUUAACGAGUUUAAGCAGAUUGAGCAUGUUGGCAUCUGGAGACAUUGUCAACUGAAACAAUUGAAUGCGGCAAGCAAUAGCUUUGAUAAAGAAAUGAUCGACUCACCAAAAAACAAAUCUGAAUGCUCCCGCUAUGCUUUGGAGAUAUUGGAUUUAAGUGGGAGUUUAAAUGGCACAAUUCCAGAACCACUUGGAAGAAUGGUGAAUCUAAGAUUCUUAGGUAUGGCAGAUGGCGAAUUGACAGGCUCGAUCCCAGAAUCUCUAGGAAGAUUAAGAUUCUUAGAGGUAUUACAUCUGUCGAGUAACAAUGGAUUGAUAGGUCCAAUCCCUGACUCUAUUGGAAGAUUAAGAUUCUUAGAGGUAUUAGAUAUAUCUUAUAACAAGUUAACCGGUCCCAUUCCAACAUUCAUUGGGCAGAAACUUUCCAAACUUGACCUUUCUUUCAACCGAUUGAAUGGUUCAAUUCCAGAAUCUUUUGGAAAUUUAGCAGCUUUAACAUAUUUGUACCUACAAUCCAAUCGGUUAACAGGUUCGAUUCCGCUGCUAAUUGGGAAACUUUACAACCUUGACCUUUCUGAUAAUCGAUUGAAUGGUUCAAUUCCAGAAUCUUUAGGACGACUUGUUUCACUACAAGAUAUUUCGUUGAACUCGAAUUUGUUAACCGGACCUAUUCCGGUUUCACUUGGGCAACUUGUCAAUCUUCUUUAUCUAGAUGUGUCUAACAAUUCUUUAGAAGGAGUAGUUUCCGAAGCCCAUUUUGCUAAGCUUUUGAACUUGAAGGGUUUGUUUACUUCUUUUAACGCUAGGUUGACAUUCAACAUUUCACGUGAGUGGAUGCCUCCAUUCCAGUUAGAGACUCUUGAUCUCCGUUCUUGCACUAUUGCAAAUGAAUUUCCACGGUGGCUACGAAAUCAAAGGAAGCUUUGUUGGGUAUUUUUGUCCAACACUAAUCUUUCGGGACCUCUACCCACGUGGUUGCAGACGUUGCCCAUCAUUCAGAUUUUGGAUCUCUCUCACAAUAAACUCAGCGGACCUUUGACAAACCUUCCUCUUCAUAGAAAUGUUGAUACGUUUGAUCCAAACCUAUUGGGGUUAUUAUUUCUGGUAAAUAAUCUUUUCAAUGAGUCAAUUCCAAAGUCAUUGUGCACAAGGAUAGAUUUGGGAUUUCUUGAUCUUUCCAAAAAUAGGCUAACCGGAAAAAUUCCCAAGUGCCUUGAGAAUCUGAAAGAGUUGAAGACCAUGAUAUUUAGCUCAAAUAAGUUGUCCGGUGUCAUUCCAAGUUUUACUGGUCUUAAUAAUUCAAGCUUAGGUCAGUUAAAAUUUAAUGACAAUAACCUUAUUGGUGAACUUCCUCGAGAAUUAGGGAACUGUGGAAGUUUAUAUGUAUUGGAUUUGGGCGAUAACAAUUUAUCUGGAAUUAUACCCAAAUGGAUUGGUGAACAUCUUACAAAUUUGAUGGUUUUGAGGUUGCAUAAGAAUAACUUCACAGGAACAAUUCCUAAAUCCUUAUGCAAAGCUUCAAGUCUACAUAUUUUGGAUGUUGCAUACAACAACUUAACGGGUUCCAUACCUGAUUGUCUAGGAGAGUUGAAUGCCAUGCUUAAUAGUAGCCUUGGAACUGGGUCAGCCAACCCUCUGAAUCCUGAUGAGAAUGUGAUUCAGGUCAUGAAAGGUGUUGUUCUUCAAUAUACAACAACUUGGCCAAUGGUUUUUAACAUGGACCUUUCAAGCAAUAAACUUGUUGGACAAAUACCCGUGGAGCUAACUGCACUUUCUAGGUUGAUUGGUCUCAAUUUAUCAAAUAAUCUUCUUAGUGGGGGUAUUCCAGACAGCAUUGGAAAUAUGGCAGCUUUAAAUUCUCUUGAUUUUUCUAGAAACAAGUUGAGUGGGUUGAUCCCUUCGAGCAUGGCAGCUUUGAACUUUUUGAGCCAUUUGAAUUUGUCACACAACAAGUUGUGGGGACGAAUUCCAUCAGGAAAUCAACUGCAGACCCUUAAUGAUCCAUCAAUAUAUGAUGGGAACAAAGAUCUUUGCGGAUCUCCAUUGCCAAAGAAUUGCUCAUAUCAUCAAGACCCAACAACAACGCUCAAGAAGAAAUAUGAAGCAGAUGAUGAUGAUUCGAAGGAGGUUUGGUUUUACAUGGACAUAACGAGUGGUUUUGCAACAGGGUUUUUGGGUAUUAUUGGAGUUUUGUUGUUCAAGAAACAGUGGAGACAUAAGAUUUUCAUGUUUACUGAGGAAACCAUGGACAAGAUAUACGUUGUAGUCAUGGUAAGGGUUAACAAGAUGAAGAGAGGAAGAGACGCCUUAUAG